AUGGGUCUGGUCAGGCUCUUACUCAAAGCGAUCCUCAUCCCAAUUGUCGUCCUCGUUGUCAUUAUUAUUGUCAGUGUGCUUCUCGUCAAAAUGCACAAGGAUCGCAAUAAGAAAGAAAAGGAAGUGGAGAAAUCUUUCCACCCGCCCCCUAUACAGCAAUGGGUGCCGUACACCCCGGUCCAGCAACCAGCGCCGGCAUAUGUCAAAACACCGGGGGAGAUGGAGCAAGGAAUAUACAGAUAG